AUGAAAUAGCAAUAUUAUGCUCCAAAACCAGAUUUCUGUUUACUGGAAUAGUAACCUCAAUCCUUACCGGAUGAUGGCAUUUCUCAUGACAGUAGGAAAUCAUUAGAGUUUUUAUUUGAUGCAACCCUAAAGAUUCGCUAUGAUAGAUUUGGGAACCUAAUAGAUAAAAAAAAACGGAAGUAACAAGUUUCCUUUAGAGAUCGAAUAGAAAAGACUUAAAAAUUGUAUGAUUUGAUAGUGUUUGAUUACUUCAAGAUUGAGCAAAUCGAUAAGUAGAAAAAAUAAUUAAGAUAAAAUCAACAGUUGUGUUGCAAAAUUUAAUGA